CCGCCACACUCGUCAAAACACACAGAGAGACACAACAUUCUGCAGCGCUCGUUUGAUGAUUAAUCAUGUCUGAAGAGAUUUCUAAAUCUAAAGCACGCGCUGAUGCGUACGUGGGGAGCUUAAUCAGCUUGACUUCCACAAGCGAAAUCAGAUACGAGGGCAUUUUGCACAGCCUCAACACUGAUGACUCUAGUAUCACCUUGUCUUAUGUUAGAUCAUUUGGAACAGAAGGGCGUAAGAAAGAUGGUCCACAAGUUUUGCCCGAUGAGAAGGUCUAUGGAUGCAUAGAGUUCCGUGGAAGCAAUAUCAAGGAUCUGCAGGUAAAAUCAACUCCGGACGUUCAGACCCCUACGCAGACUACAGCCAUAAACAGUGAUCCAGCCAUAGUUCAGUCUCACUAUCUUCGGCCAUCUUUGACACCUCCAAGCUUGCCACCACCUAUUACUGGGUCUUCGACUGACAGUCUUUCUCAUACUGCACCACCUGGUUCAACUUACCAGGGAGCUAUGCCAUUGUAUCAACCAGGAGGAAAUUUGGGAUUGUUGGGUCCCCCACCCCCUCAUUCAAUUGCAAAUAAUAGUGGACCAGGUUACUAUACCCCACCGAAUGGGCCUCCUCAACUCCACCAGCAGUCUUUGCUCUGGCCACCGCCUGGUCUGGCAAUGCCACCUUCAAUGCAGUACCCUAUUUUUAUUCCGUCUUUUCCAACCGGAACUUCAAGUUUGUCAGGUUCAAGCAGGCCACAGUUUCCCUCACCUUUGCUAUUAACCACUACUAGUCCCCUCAGUGCAACAAACACCUCUUUGCCUUCAAGUCUAUUUCCUCCCGCAUCAUUACCCAGUUUUAUGCAAAGUAAGGCUCCUAAUGCUGCAAUUCCUGCAGCACCAUUGGGUACUUCAAAUUCAGAUAUGAAUACCAUCGUAUCUCUUCUUAAAAAGCCUAUGGUUAGCUCAAGUUCACAGUAUUCAACUACAUCCCAACCCUUUCCAUCUGUUGGAAUAUCUACUUCAGUCCAAACUUACACAGCAGCACCGUCACUUAUAACCCCUGGGCAGCUGUUGCAAUCUUGUAAAGGUAAUGUUUCAUCAGAUCCAUCAUCACAAAUAGCUCAUAAAGACGCGGAAGUGGUUCAAGUAUCGCGCCAGACAUUACCAAAACUGCCAGUUCCGGUCGCCACAGAAGCGCAGCCACCAAUAUUGCCAUUACCGCAACAGUCCCGCGCUGUGUAUAAGCCAAAUGGAUGCCCUCAGCAAGCUCGUUACAACAAUUACAGAGGCCAUGAAAGAGGAAGGGGAUCAGGGAGUUCCGGAGGAGGGGUUAUGAAAUUUACUGAAGAAUUUGAUUUUGUGGCAAUGAAUGAGAAAUUUAACAAGGAUGAACUUUGGGGCUAUUUUGGUAGAAGUAAGAAUUCCAAUUCGAAGGAAAAAGAAGGGGAUGAAAACGCUACUGAAGAAGAUGCCGAAUCACACAAGUCUGAGGUGAAGCCUGUAUACAAGAAGGAUGACUUUUUUGAUGCGCUUUCUUACAAUACUCGUGAAAAUCAGUCAAAUAAUGAAAGGCCCGGGUUCUCUGAACAAACGAAGUCGGACACCGAGACGUUUGGGGGAUACACAAGGCAUCAGGGUGGAAGGGGUGGUCGUUAUAGAGGAGGUUAUAAUGGAAGAGGAUACGGGUAUGCUGGUCGUGGUCGUGGUUGUAAUAUGCCGCAGCGUGAUCACUGAAACAUGUCUCUCAUUAAGGGGGCUUCGAAUGCCCUAUUGGUCUCCCAUGACAGAACUGAUUUGGUUUCUGCCUGUAGUUUCCCGUUUUUUUGUUUCUGAGUCACAAUUUGAUAGCAUCCUCAGUUUAUUCCAAAUCAGAAGAUGGUGAAAUUUUUAGCUUUUUUACAAGAUGGUUUGUGGUGGAUUUUCUGAUGCCAAUAGGGUAUGUGCCUAUGUGGUAUUAGAAAAGCAGACUUUGGAUUUUUGUUUAUGAUAUGAACAAUUUGUUUGAAUUUUCUUCAUUUACUGGGGUUUGUUAUUUCAUAAAUUGCAAGCAUUACCGGCGUGUUUUCUCCAUGGAGAUAGUUUAGUUAUUAUUGUGUGAUAUCGAGGAAUGUAUGGUUAAAAAUGCUAGAAAUUGCUUAGCGAAAAAAAAGAGGCCAGAAAUUCUGCUAAAGUAGUAUUGAAUUCCCAGUAUAGUUAUCAGAGUUCAGGUGGCUUACUCUCUGCAAGUUAUCGUUGUGGUUUGGGUACAAACACUGGGAGUCUCAUCUGAUUAUGAUGAUAGAAUUGAUGUUGAGAUUAUGGAGGAUCGGGAAACGGUUUUUCUAAGGAUGCAAAGCGAUGUUUUAGUAGUGUUGCUCAGUCUGGUACCUUAAGGUUUUGUUCUGAUAGUCACUGAGAAUUUGAAACAGGAGAUACGACAGAGUAAGGUAGUGAUAGCUUAGAUUUUACAACUUGUGCAGGUCACGAGUAAGUAGACAGACCUCAAUCCCGAUGGAUGAAGGCAAGUAGAAAAACACAAUUCC